AUGCUUCAAUCUGUUGCUGUUCCUCUUCUUGGGAAUGUUUGUCAUGUGUUUAUGAAUGGUCUCAACCGUGUUCAGGUAUAUGGUCUUGAAAAGUUGCACGAUGCGUUGCUUAAUAGACCCAAGAACAAGUCUCUCAUAACGGUCAGCAAUCAUGUUGCUUCUAUGGAUGACCCGCUAGUUAUUGCUUCAUUACUUCCACCGAGAGUACUUUUGGACGCUCAGAAUUUGAGAUGGACUCUUUGUGCAUCAGACCGAUGUUUCCGCAAUCCUGUCACUUCUGCAUUCUUUCGAUCUGUCAAAGUAUUGCCAGUUUCUCGUGGUGAUGGAAUUUAUCAAAAGGGAAUGGAUAUGGCCAUCUCAAAAUUGAAUUGUGGUGGAUGGGUUCACAUAUUUCCAGAAGGAAGUCGCUCUCGGGAUGGUGGAAAAACCAUGGGCUCUGCUAAGAGGGGUGUUGGGAGAUUGGUCCUGGACGCGGACAAUAUUCCUAUCGUGCUUCCUUUUGUGCAUACUGGAAUGCAGGAUAUUAUGCCUAUUGGGGCCAACUUUCCUAGGAUUGGCAAGACGGUGACCGUAGUAAUUGGUGACCCUAUCCAUUUUGAUGAUAUGGUGAAUGCUGAAGAAGCUGAACAUGUGCCAAGAGGGAAACUUUAUGACGCAGUUGCUUCCAGAAUCAGUCAUCGGCUUCAUGCACUCAAAGCUCAAGUUGAUAAAUUAGCCAUUGAACAAUCAAUUGAAGCGCAAAACCAUGUAUGGAGUGUUAAACGGGCAGCUGAUAUGGUGCAUCAGGUUGACUGGGAUUCAUUUGGCAUGGGAAGCCGUGAUCAUAUUGGAGAUAAUUCUUCCGAAGAAGUCCAAAUCCAAUCCUUUCCAAGUAUCAGCUGUUCAGAACAAGAAACCGACACUUCAGAUUGGCAUCUCAGAGUGGGAUUU